AUGAAAAAGGAAGGGACAGGAUAUGGAGGAAGAAGAGUCAUUCGGGUACAUGAACGGCAAAGCUAUUCUUGGCUUUGGGGUUCUAUCUCCACAACAACGCCCAAUACUGGAAUGACCACGUACGGAGAUUCCGCGUUUGUGCCGUCGAAUGGCUUGGACCAGGAAGGGAGGAGGACAAAGCAACUGAAUGUUGAAGACGCUGGCUGUGUUAGUCGCAGUCAGCGAAUGGAGGCUGUGUUUCGAAUGGCUCGGACUAGGAAUUUUAGAGGUGAGGACACCCGCUCCAACUUCACAAGCCACCUUCAUGAAGCUCUUCGCAGAAACCAAAUAGAUACAUACAUCGACUAUAGACUUGAGAAGGGAGAUGAGGUAUGGCCGUCUCUUGAGAAAGCCAUUGAAGAUUCAAGUCUGUUCCUUGUGAUCUUCUCAGAAAACUAUGCAUCUUCCACGUGGUGCCUGGAGGAGCUUGCAAAAAUAUUACAGUGCUUUAAAAAUCAAGGUUGCUUUGUUAUGCCGGUGUUCUAUAGAGUGGAUCCUUCACAUGUGAGGAAGCAGUCUGGGAGUUACAAGAAAGCAUUUGAAGAACAUGAGUGCAAAAUAAACAUCAACAAUCAACAACUGCAAAAGUGGAGGGAGGCUCUUACUCAAGCUGCCAAUUUGUCUGGUUGGCAUUGUGGCUUCAAUAGGAAUGAAGCGGAGCUAAUUGAAGAAAUAGUGAAUCGUGUCAUACAAAAGUUGGGCCCUAGUUAUCAAAGUGAAGAUUAUCUCGAAGGCUUGAUUGGAAUUCACAAAAGAAUGGCAGUUGUAGAAUCAUUGUUGGACAAAGGUUCAAACAAUAGUGGUUGCCAAUUCAUUGGAAUUUGGGGGAUGGGCGGUUUGGGCAAAACAACUCUUGCAAAAGCAUUGUUUAACAAAUUGCAUUUUACAUAUGAAGGGUCUUGCUUUUUGGCUAAUGUAAGGGAAGAAUCAAAGAGAUAUGGAAUAGAUGCUUUGAGGGAAAAAAUUGUUUGGAGGUUAUUAGGGGAUAAAGAAUCUCACAUUGGCAAUACAAUACAUCCUUAUACCAUCAGUAGGCUUGGUCGGAAAAAGGUUUUCAUUGUGCUUGAUGAUGUUGAUGAUGUUGAACAAUUAGAAAAUUUAGUUGGAAGACAUGAAUUUGGAUCAGGAAGUAAAAUCUUGAUAACAACCAGAGAUAGGCAAGUGCUUGCUGGUAUAAAAGUGGUCGAUGUAUAUGUGCUUGAUCGUUUGAAUCCUUUUGAAGCUUUUGAUCUAUUCUCCAUCAAUGCUUUUAGAAAUGACUAUGCUGACUUGAAGAUAAGAAAGCUAGCACAACAAGUGACUCAAUAUGCGGAUGGAAAUCCAUUGGCCCUAAAGGUUUUUGCCGCCUUGUUACGUGGCAAAAAUCAGGAGGCAUGGAAAAACCAAUUGGAAAAGCUUCAAAAAUUACCUCUUCCAGAAAUUAAUCAUAUUCUCAGAUUGAGUUUUGAAGAACUUGAUGAGGAAACGAAAAAUAUUUUCUUACAUAUCGCAUGUUUUGUCAAUUAUUAUCAUUAUGUCAAGGAUGCAAAAAAAUUCUUAGGUGCAUGCGGUUAUUCAAUUGAGAUUGGAUUGAAGAUUCUUGAAGAUAAAGCUCUUUUAGAUUUUUACGGAGGAAUGAUAGGUAUGCACAAUCUAAUAGAAGAAAUGGGUAAACAAAUUGUUCGUGAAGAAUCAUUAAAAUAUCCUACAUGGUGCAAGAUAUUUUGGAUUUUUGGGAGAAGUUCUGAAGUAUUGAAGGAAAAUAGGGGAAGUAUUGAAGGCUUGAUUAUCAACCGUUCAGAAGUUGAAGAGAUGUGGGUAAUUAAUAAAGCCUUUCGUUCAAUGCACAAUCUGAAGUUUCUUAGGUUUUAUGGAAAUUUCAAUAAUCUAAAUGCUUCUCGUAUGGAGCGUUUGCCAAGAAAGCUCAGGCUAUUGGAUUGGGUGGGAUGCCCUUUAGAGUCCUUGCCCACAACAUUCAAUGGUGAAAAUCUCGUUGAAAUAAAGAUGAGCAACAACAAUUUGACAAAACUUUGGGAUGGAGAGCAGAAUCUUGCGAAUUUAAGCAGAAUUGAUCUUCAUGGAUCAAAAGAUUUGAUUAAGCUCCCAAAUUUUUCCAAAGCCAUACAUCUUGCAGAAGUUCAUCUUCAGGGUUGUUUAAAAUUGCAAAAUGUUCAUCCAUCUAUUUUAUCUCUCCAUAGCCUUUGUCGUUUAUUGCUAAAUGACUGCAAAGCCCUUACCAGCCUUACGAGCAAGACCCAUCUCAAAUCACUGAGUGAAUUGGACUUGACAGGAUGCUCAGGACUACGUGAAUUUUCAGUGACCUCAGAAAAUAAUCGGUUUCAAUUGAUGCUUUGCAGAACAGCCAUCAAUGGUGAGUUGUGCUCAUCAAGCGGUUGUCUUAGCAAAAUUGACUUUUUGGACCUCGAAAGUUGCGGAGGUGUGACAAGUCUUCACAAAUUGUUUGCGAUGCACACCCUUCGACGCCUUCAUGCUGGUUAUUGUAAUAAGCUAGCAUCAAAUCUACGUUCCAUAUUUGAUGAGGUGCCGCGUGCUUUGGGAUCUCUAUGGCUGGAUAAUUGUAGUAAAUUAUAUGAAGUGCCUGACAACAUCAGCUUCUUGUUGUCAUUACAUGAGUUGCGUCUCUCAAGGAGCAAUAUAGAGACCUUGCCUUUAAGCAUCAAGCAUCUUUCAAGCCUGCGGACUCUUUACUUAGAUGGAUGCGAAAGGCUUCGGUCUUUACCACAACUCCCUCCCUCUAUCCGUACACUGAGCGCCAAUGAAUGCCUAUCCCUUGAGACCUUACAUUCACCUUUAAUGAGUGAAGGUAGAGAAGGAAAACAAUAUUAUGAAUACUUCAAUUUCAUAAAUUGUAUGAAGUUGGAUGGGCAGUCAAUCAAAGCUGUUGAGGCCGUAGUGCUACUUGACAUGAAUGAUAACCAAGCUGACAGAGCUAGUAUGGAAUAUCCGGGAAAAAGUGUUGCAGAAUGGUUCAUGUAUAGGACUACACAGUCUUUGGUGACUGUGGAUCUCAGUUCGAUUCCACAACCUUGGGAUGGCGUUUUCAUUUUCUGCGCCGUCAUUCCUGCAGGAACACCACGGUCGAGUUUCAUUGAAGCCAAAUUGUUUAUUGAUGGUCAUCAAUGUGCUUCCGUGUUUGAAGGAUCGUAUUUGACUGAUGGGUCCAUGUUGUCUGAUCAUGUUUUUCUUUGGUACAAUAGAAAGUCAUGUGAAGAAGUACUAAGGAAAAUUGAAGAAAAGAAAAGAGAAGCUCAAAGCAACACUUAUCAUCCAUUGCUUCAAAUUCAAUUCGCACCUCGUGAUGAUGAAAAACCAGUAGAGAUCAAAGAGUGUGGGGUGUGCCCGACAUCUGCAGUUGAAUAUCAAAAUUACAUCAGACGAAUUCAAUUGGCAUUAUUGCAUCCACAUCGUAGCUCUAAUGCAACGCAAUCGGCCUCUCGAAAGCGCAAAUAUCACAGCUCACUUCCAUGA